AUGGGGUUGACGGCGGCCGAGGAGUCGGCGCCCGUCGGUGAAGCUGGCGGCGGUGGCGGCAGGGGCGGCAGCUGCCGCGUGUGCGAUUGGGCGCGCGACCUUAUGGCAGCAGCAAGCAGGGCGGCCGCACCGCCUGGCAGGGGUGCAGGCUCAGCUGAAUCCGGCGACUCGCCGUCAACUAGAGGGACCCCGGCCCCGGCUGCGAACGGCACGUUGAUGGCGCCGCCCGACGCCAGCACACGGAGCGGCCCGCCUGCAGGGCCGACCAGCAGCGACGCGGCCGGCAUGAGGCGCGCAGACUGCCUGGGCUGCCGGAUUACAGGGCUCAUUGCGGGGCUGGGCAGCGCUGGGUACCUGUCUUCGCGCCUCCUGGAGGACCCGCCACCUCGUGGCGGGCACCGUGCGACGCUGCUCGCGUCAUCAGCACUGCUAGCUGGGCUGGGGCUGGCGCGGGGUUUUGGGUGGUACUAG